AUGUGGGUGCAAUUAACUGCUACUGUAAGAAGAAACAGUGGUCCAUCCCUUAGAAACCUAGCAAGUACUGUGAACCCAACUUUGUUUCCACCACUGUCAAAUCAUGAAGAUGAAAGUAUGGUGAUGGAAGAAAUUCCUACACAACAGUCCCAGACACCUUUGAUGGCCACAAUGCAGAGAUCAACUCCUGGACCAUCCAUGUAUGAGCAGUUAGUCAGGGGAAACCCAGUGCAGCCUACAAGAGCCACACAUGGAGUUCAAAUAAGAGGGCCUCCUACAUUUACUGGAGAGAGACCUGUUUUUUCUGUGGGAAGCAACAUUACAUUAGCUCAUGAAAAGGUUGUAGUUGAUAAGGGGAAAAAGUACUUGGUACUUAACAAAAAAUAUCAUGGCAAUGACAAGUGAAUUUGUGUCUGUUGAACUAGGUUGAUAAUGGGUUGUUAGGAAUUUUUUACUGGCUUGUUAUGGAUAAUAUUAGAUCUCUGAAUUGCUUAAGGGAUCUUUUGAACUUUGGAUUUGCUUAGAUCUUUUGUACUGGUUGAUAAUGAGCUGAUUUGGUUGGUACUUUUUGUGGAUUUUGUAAUGGAUUUGUUAUGGUCUU